GUCUCUCAGGACCUGUCCUAAAAUGGUUGAGUUCAUACCUGUGAGGGAGGAGCUACUUUGUUGAAAAAGAAAAUAAUGUUUCCGAGAGAGUGCCGUGCUGUGGUGUCCCUCAGGGUUCAAUUCUUGGGCUGCUUUUAUUUAGUUUACACUUAUUUAAUUUCUCAUUUUACUUUCUGGACUCUUUGGAUGUAUUUAUCUCAUUUUUGUUGUCUGUUUUUUUCCUUCUCUAUCCUGCACUAACCUGGAUUUUCCCAGUUUAAUCGGAUGCUUGUUCUUUUUACUGGUUGACUUUACUCUUUACUGCUGUUGCAGGAGGACUUCUGACAUGUUGCUUUAUCGGAGGACUGUUUAUUGUUUACUGGCUCUGUCUCCACUGCUGGCCGCUGCUCUCUCUGCUUCUCAAUAGGCUGGAGGACUUUACCCUUUACUGCCGCUGUACUCUGGGGACUUUAUACCGGUCAUCUACCGGCGGAAUGUUUACUGUCUGUUUGCCAACUCUCUCCCUGAUACUGCUGUGAGCUGCUGUGAGCCCUCAGCCCUGUUCCCACACCUCUGGCUGCAACUGUGCCAUGUCAGUGAAAGAGUCCAAGCCAAAUCUCACCGUUUCCCAGGCUACCGACAUCACAGGACGACUUUUUGGCCUGACUGUGUCCAGCGUCCGCCCGCUGCCCAGUUACAUUGACCAGAACUUCCAUGUGGUCUCUUCAGAAGGUGGACAGUACGUGCUGAAGGUCAUGAACUCUGCAGACAGCCAGAAUCUCACUCUGCUGGAGGUCCAAACCCACACCAUGAACUUCUUAUGGCAGAGAGGACUUCCUGCCCAGACUGCUGUCCCCACGGUAACCGGUCAGCUGAUGAGUUUGGAGGAAAUCGAUUGUGGUUUCGGGGUGCAGAAAUAUCUGGUGCGUUUGCUGACCUUCCUGCCCGGCACCACGAUAGUGAAGGUGACCUGCACUCCGCAGCUUUUAUACGAAGCUGGAAGAACGGCCGCCACCAUGGACACCGCUCUGCUGCAGAUGGAGCAUCCACACCUGAGUGUUCUUCAGAGGGAGAACUUCAUCUGGAGUUUAGCGAGUGUUCCUCUGUUGGAGCAGUUCCUGCCUGUGCUGGAUGGAGAUCCGAUACAGGAGGUGGUGAAGAAAGUUAUUGAACAGUUCAAAAACCAUGUAGUGCCAAAGCUGAACUCCUUCCGCAAAUGUAUUAUCCACGGAGACUUUAACGAACAAAAUGUUCUGGUUGAAGCUGAUGGUCCGUCCAGCUACAGGAUCAGUGGCAUUCUGGACUUUGGAAAUAUGAACAAUGGCUAUUUUGUGUUCGAGCUGGCCAUCACCAUCAUGUACAUGAUGAUCGAGAGGCCCAGGCCGUUAGCGGUGGGGGCAGCGGUGUUGGCAGGCUGGGAGAGCGUAAUCCCCCUGAACCCGGAGGAGAGAGAUGUGCUGUACCUGCUGGUUCUGAGCCGCUUCUGCCAGUCUCUGGUUCUGGCUCGCUACACUGUUCUCCAGCAGCCCGAAAACGAGGAGUACCUGAUGAUCACGGUGAGGCCUGGCGCCAGGCUGCUGCAGCUGCUCUGGGAGACGGGCAGAGACGAGGUGGAGAAGAUCUGGUUCAACGGCGCUGCAGAGUUCUUACAGAACAGCCAUAGAACAGACACAGAGGGAUAAUAACUAAAAGAACCGGAGGAGACUUUUAAUCUGAGUUCAGGAUUAAUGUUAACCAAGUCUUCACACUAUUCAGUGUUAAAAUGCCUUAAAGGGACAGUAUUGUGGACCAUUCUAUCGUGGACAGCCUGUAGCAGUUUAGCCCCACCUAUUUAGUGUACAGCAGUUUAGCCCCGCCCAUUCAGCCUGCAGCAGUUUAGCCCCACCCAUUCUGCCUACAGCACUAAGCCCUGCUUCUUCUGUAAGUUCUCAUAUUUCAGUUUUGUGUUUGUGUGAUUUCUGUGUGUCGUGUUUGUGUCUGAAUGCUGUGUCCUCGGUAAUAAAUGAUAAUCAGUGAUAAAUAAAGCUUUCUAAUCCACCAUAUUCCUGCAUCCCAUGAUCCUCUGAGUGACAAUCUGUCAUCAGAAACCUGAAACUGUGUGAUAGAAACCCUUUAUUCAGAGAAUUCUAUUAACAGCCCAUAAGGAAAAAAAAUAUAUAUGGACAUUUGUUUUUAUAUAUUUGAAAUACUUUGGAACACAAAAAUGUAUUUCAGAAAAUAUUGUCAUAUUAAGUA